GAUACCAACUGAAGGACCAAACUGGACCAUCUUUAGCUUAAAGCUCGAAAAAGGAAAAUGUCGGAAACCGCCAAUGACCUGGAUCAAAAAAGCUUUGUGAACUUGGUUUUAACGGGAAAACAGCUCCUGUUAAACGGACAAUACCAAAGUGCCAGAAACAUCUUCACCUCGGCUUUGGAGUUCCAACCUGAGGACAAGGAAUGCUUGAUCGGACGAUCCGAGUGUUACUUGAGCCAAGGCCAGCUUCAGAAAGCGCUGAAGGAUGCUGAGCUUUCCCUCAAACAGGACAAGUUCUUCCCUGAGGGGCUGCACCAAAAGGCUAAAGUUUUGUACAGCAUGGGGGAAUUGGAGUUUUCGCUGCAGUUUUACCACCAAGCACAGCAGGCUUGUCCACAAAUGCAACAUUUCAAGCUGGGAAUCCAGAAAGCACAGGAGGCUGUGGAGAACUCUGUUGACAGUCUGACUGAUGUCAAGCUGAAGGUUGGAGGAGAUCUGUCUUUCCUUGAGAAGAUGGAGUUGAGGACACAUCCAAUCAAAAUCAUCCAGAAUCUGAUGGAGGAAAACCCUGAGGCUCCAAAGGUCCCCAAGAAAAAGGAAACACAUCUCCUUUUUGAUGAGCUCACAAAGUUCCUGGAAGAUUUGAUAAAAGAUGGAGAUUUGAAGACAGAGAAGACAAAGAGCGGAGAAGAACUAAAAGAAAUAAUUGAGGAUUGCCUCAUGGCGGUUCACACUUACACUGAGAUCUGUGAUCAGGAAGACAUGGUGGCCCCGCCUCCAGAGAAGAAGCCUCAGCACCUGGAGGUUAAAGGAAUCACAGUGUCUAAAUGCGAGCAGUUUCUGCUGAGGAGCCUGGGUGAGAUAACAGCAGGAAAUGAAUGGAAAAAGAUGAGAGGAGCCGUGAAGUUUGUGCAGCGGCGAUCAGAGAUGGAGUUUCCUCACAGGAAGCAGGUUCUUGACGGUUUGGACCGUUCCACUGGAGAGGGUUUGCUUCAUUGUGGAACAAGCGAUGAGGAGGAUCACCAGAAUCAACAAGACUUGGUAGAGCAAUGAUGGAAAAAGACAAUUCCUUUGGUCCAAGACAGUUUGGAGAAGUGAUGCUUGGAAACAUGAGAUCCUCAGAGUCCCACUUUAAAGAAACUUUAGCUUAUGCCAGACUCCAAGACGACGGACACCAUCCAGAAGGCUCUUGGUGAAGCAAAUGAGGAUUUCUUCAGUUUUCUUCAAGAGAACACCAAAGAAAGGACCAUCAAUAAAUCUUUUUUUUCUACACUUA